GUGGGGGGGGACACCAUGGCGGAGAUGCUGCCGGGGUGGCGGGCAGAGGAGGCUGAACCCGAUGGGGCAGUGCAGUGGGCCCAUGGCAGUGGGUGCGGGCAUGAUGCCGCGGUGAUGGGCACCACUUUAACCACCCCUAUGGCGGGGGGAUCGUUCCAGGAUGCCAUCCGGACCCUCAACACCCUACAGACCAACGCCAGCUUCCUGGAGCAGGUGAAGCGGGAGCGUGGAGACCCCCAGGUCCAGCUGGAAGCCAUGAAGGGCUUCUUGGAGAGGAGCGGGCUCAAGGUCGAGGACCUGGAUCAAUUGAACAUCAUCCACGUCACGGGGACGAAGGGCAAGGGCUCAGUGUGUGCCUUCACCGAGUGCAUCCUCCGCAGCUAUGGGCUGAAGACGGGCUUUUACAGCUCCCCUCACCUGGUGCAGGUCCGAGAGCGCAUCCGCAUCAAUGGGCAGCCCAUCAGCAAGGAGCUCUUCAGCAAGUACUUCUGGCUCGUCUACAACCGCCUGGAGGAGACCAAGGACCCUGCGCGGGGCAGCAUGCCGGCGUACUUCCGCUUCCUCACCAUCAUGGCCUUCCACGUCUUUCUGCAGGAGAAGGUGGACCUGGCAGUGGUGGAGGUUGGCAUUGGCGGCGCCUACGACUGCACUAACAUCAUCAGGGCACCGGUGGUGUGUGGGGUCUCCUCCUUGGGCAUCGACCACACCAGCAUCCUGGGGGACACCAUGGAGAAGAUCGCCUGGCAGAAGGGGGGCAUUUUUAAGCCCGGCGUGCCGGCGUUCACCGUGGCACAACCGGAGCGGCCGCUGGAGGUGCUGAGGGACCGAGCGCAGGAGCGGGAGUGCCCCCUCUACCUGUGCCCGGAGCUGGAUGACUUUGAGGACCACGAUGCGCUGGAGCUGGGGCUGGCGGGCUCCCACCAGCGCUGCAACGCUGCCCUGGCCUUGCAGCUAGCACGGAUGUGGCUGCGGCGCCGCGGCUGCCAGGGUCUUGGGGAGCUCAAGGAGAUGCCACCAAGCACCAAGCUGGCGGGGAGACCGGUGCCGCUGGCGCCUGCGUUCCGACCCACCGAGGCCAUGAUCCAAGGCCUGCGGGACACAGAAUGGCUUGGCCGGACCCAAGUGCUGCCCCACGGCGCCGUGACGUGGUACCUAGAUGGGGCUCACACCACCAGCAGCAUCCAGGCUUGUGUGCGAUGGUUCCGCCAGGCUGCCCUUAACCAGGACAAGCCCCACGACGGCUCCGAGGUGCGGGUGCUGGUCUUCAAUGUCACGGGGGACCGGGACACGGCAGCGCUGCUCAAGCUGCUGCUGCCCUGCCACUUCGACUACGCCGUCUUCUGCCCCAACUUCACAGAGGUGUCAGCAUCCAGCAAUGCAGACCAGCAAAACUUCAACGUGACUGUGGAGAGCGCCCUGACCCGCUGCCUGGAGAACCAGCAGACAUGGACACGGCUGCUGGAGGAGAAGGCGGGGCAGGACCCCUGGCUCCCAGCCCCGCUGCGGGUUGGGGGGCUGCUGCAGCCGGCCUCUACCCGAGGGACCCUGCUCCUUGUCCCCCCAUCCCCGCGACCCCUCAAUUCCCCAUCCCUCGUGUUCCCCUGCCUGGCGCAGGCGCUGCGGUGGGUGGCGCAGGGCCGGGACCCCCACCUGGCAGCACCCAUGGGUGCUCACCCGCACCCUGCCGCCAGCAGCGGGGCCGUGCUGCUGCAGGAGGCGGCUGCUGUCCGUGUCCUGGUCACCGGGAGCCUGCACUUGGUGGGGGGGGCCCUGCGGCUGCUGGACCCCGCGCUGUCCCAGUAACGGGGGGCACCCAUUGGAGCAACAUCCCUGCCCUGAUGAUGCUCAGAGGUGCCCGGGGGGGGGUACAUGGGACCCCCCAACCCCAUCCUGCCUUUGCCAUUUUCACCCCAGUGCCUUUUGCCUAUGCCCCCCAUGGGGAUAUUGGCUAUGGGAGGGAUGCUUAUGGCCCCCAGCCCACCUUGGUGAGACUGAGUCGGAGGGCCCCUCGUUCUUGGAGGGGCUGCCCCUUGCUGUACCAGGGGGUGUGUGUGGUUUUCGGGGGUGGUAGGAGGGAGCCUCAGGGUCUGAUGAGGCUCCACGUCAGAGCAACUAAUUUAAUGUAGGAGAGAUUUUUAUUAUUAUUAAUAACAGUUUGUAACUUGGACGUGGAGCUGGGGGGGGGUGUUUCUGCCCAUCGCCCCCCCCACGCUCCCAAUAAACCUCUUGCUACUCCCAA